GCAUCAUCCGUCAGAGGGCGGCGGAAAGCGCCAAACGUCGACCAAGCCUGCCAUCGGCGAACGAAAGCAUCGUUCGUCGCCGGAGAGCCGGAGAAGGAGAGAGCGCGUCGCAGCGCCACCAGCGCCACCAAGCAAAGGUGUCAGCUGCCAGCGGACGAGCUGCGGGCGCUACCUGACGACGGGAUCAUCACGAACAGACGGCGAGCGUCGUGCCGACUCUCUUCCAGCCAGCUGUGGACACAAACUGUGGGCCGGUCCCCCCGAGCAAGAGAGAGAGAACGAAGCCGUUUGAGAUUCGACCGAGCUUAUAAAACGACCUUGCAAGGGGAUCUCGUCGAGAGAGACACGGAGCGAACGACGAAGCAGAGCCGACGUUACCCACUUGUCCCCGAUCUACCAACCACUUGGAGCGAUGUCCGGAAAGGGUAACGGCGGUACGGUGGUGCUCGCCUACAGCGGAGGGCUGGACACGUCCUGCAUCCUGGUGUGGCUCAAAGAGCAAGGGUACGAGGUCAUCGCCUUCCUGGCCAACAUUGGGCAGGAUGAGGACUUUGAAGCGGCCAGGAAGAAAGCGGAGAGCUUGGGCGCCAGCAAGGUGUUUGUGGAGGACUUGCGGGAGGAGUUUGUGCGCGAGUUCGUGUGGCCCGCGGUGUGCGCCAACGCCCGCUACGAGUCGCGCUACCUGCUGGGCACGGCGCUGGCGAGGCCCUGCAUUGCCCGGCGCCAGGUGCUGAUCGCGCGCCGCGAGGGCGCCACGUACGUCUCCCACGGGGCCACCGGCAAGGGAAACGAUCAAAUCCGGUUCGAGCUCACCUGCUACGCACUCUACCCAGGGGUCAAGAUCAUCGCGCCAUGGCGUCUUCCCGAAUUUUUCAACCGGUUCCAAGGCCGCAACGACCUCUUUGAGUACGCAAAGGAAAAUGGAAUCCCUCUGCCGGUCACCCCUAAGAGCCCUUGGAGCAUGGAUGCGAACCUAAUGCACAUCAGCUACGAGUCGGGAAUACUGGAGAAUCCCAAGAUGGCUGCCCCUCCGGACAUGUACCUGAUGACUCAGGACCCCGUCAAGGCUCCUGACUCGCCGGACGUGUUGGAGAUUGAGUUUAAGAAAGGGGUCCCGGUCCGUGUGUGUAACGAGACAGACGGGGUGGCUCAUGACUCCGUUCUUGCCAUCUUCACUUAUCUCAACGAGAUCGGGGGGAAGCACGGAGUGGGGCGCAUCGACAUCGUGGAAAACCGAUUCAUCGGCAUGAAAUCCCGAGGCAUCUACGAGACCCCUGCCAGCACCGUGCUUCUCGCCGCCCACUUGGACAUCGAGGCCUUCACCAUGGACCGUGAGCUACGCAAGAUCAAGGAAGUCCUCUCCCUAAACUUCUCAGAGCAAGUCUACAACGAGCUCAUCGGCGAAGGGGUAACGUACUCGGCUGGCUGGAAAGCUCACCGGAGGGGCUUGGCGUCGCUUGACAGCACAGCGGUGGCGGCUCAAAGUUUGAAGAAGAAGAAAAAAAUCAGCACCGGGCAUUGUUUGCGCAAGCGGCCGAUGAUGAAUUUAUGAGGAUGAGGUCCGAGGGGCGAGCGGCGAGGCCUGGUCGGGUAAGGUGGAUUGAGAGCGAGUUGCGAGUUGGGCGAGCCGGCGUGUUAUCGAAUUUGAAAGUUGAGUAAACGAGCUUACGAAUGGUUGUAAUUUUUUGG